AUGUUGUCCAAUUUGAUGUCUCUGUGUAAUAUUCCAUUUAAAUGUAAAUAUUUAAGUCCAAUUUUAAAAAAUUACAACGUUUGUCCUAUCUCUGUUUUUAUAAAAGAAGACCAAAUCGCUUUUGACGGCAUAAUCCCAAACUUCGUCAAAAAAAUUGGAAACAAUUCAUUUGAAAACUGUGAUGUACCUUCAAUAAUUCUUCCAACCUCAGUCAUUGAAAUUUCUCAAUACGCAUUUUCUGAUUGCUCAAAUAUCACAGAAAUUGUUUUGCCGCCAUAUCUCAUGACACUUGGUAAUUACUCAUUUUACAAUUGCAUAAAUUUGAAAGAAAUUAAACUCCCAAAACUGCUUAAGUUCAUUCCAGACUCAUGUUUCAAUAGAUGUACAUCACUAUCUUCCGUAAGCUUUGGUAAACAGAUGACGUUGAUUGGAUAUCGUGCUUUUAAUGAAUGUGCUUUCAAUAAUUUUACAGUUGAUAAGAAGGUCUUUAUCAACGAACUUGUAUUCUCUAGAAAUACACUCACAAGUAUCAAAUUUUGUGGUAAAACGUGUAUACCCCGUAUGACGUGUUAUGAUUGUAAGCAUCUCAAAGAAGUUGUGAUGGACAACACCGUAGAGAUCAUCGCAGACUCCGCGUUUUCAGAGUGCAACUUACUUGAAAAAAUUACUCUUUCUACGAACUUGGAAGUCAUUGAUCAAAAUGCUUUUUCGAAUUGUAAAAAACUGAGUAAAUUUGACGUUCCACAAAAAGUUCGAAAAGUUGGAAGUUUUGCAUUUGAGAAAUGUGAACAAUUGAAAGAACUUGUUUUUAAUGACAAUGUUAUCUUUGAAGAUGGCGGCUGUUUUGAACAAUGCACUUCACUAACCAAAUUAGAUGUUCCAUUUUCUUAUAUGAAACACGUGUACACUGCAACUGAAAGUGAAAAGAAAAUAUUUAUGAGGCUUGGAAUUAAAGUUUUGAAUGUAAUGAAAAGCGAAGAAAUUGUUGAGAAAGUGUUUAAAUUUGACAACUUUUGUGACACAUUAUGUGAUGUUUCUAAUCACGCUGAUUACAUUCAUCUUGGGGAUUUGGACAUGUUUGACAAUGAUUCUAAUUAUUUGAGUGAACACCCAAGAGUGUACAUUCCUACUACUAUUGUUGAAGCAGACAUCGGAUGUUACAACUUCAAUAAUCCAAUUGAGAAGCUUUUGAUAUCUGAAAAUGCCUUUUUGUUAAAUGAAUCUAAUUUUUAUGUGAACAACGCAAAUAAAAUACAAAUACCAUCCACUAUCACAAAAAUUCCAAAGUGUUGCUUUUCAAGGUCAAAACUUGAAGAAUUUGUCGUGCCGCCAAAUGUGCAUGAAAUUGGAACAAAGGCUUUUCGGAUUCAACGAGUUUGA